AGCUGCCAGUGGCUCCAGGCUUGGGUCCCCAGGGCAGGGUCAGAGCAAGGACUGAAGGCUGGUCAAGACCCAGGGCAGACUGUCACUCCCCUCUCACCCUCGUAGGUGCCGGCAGCUGGCUUGGUGCUCCUCUCAGCUGUCAACCAUGGCCCGGGGACUGCCCAGCACCGCCAGCCUGGCGCACUUCUGCCAGAAGCUGUACCGGCGGAAGCCAGUGGAGGAGUCCCCCAGGGAGACACUGCCGCAGCGCCAUCUGACCACGCUGGACCUGACUCUGCUGGGUGUGGGUGGCAUGGUGGGCUUGGGCCUGUAUGUGCUCACAGGCACCGUGGCCAAGGGGAUGGCCGGGCCUGCAGUGCUUGUGUCCUUUGGCGUGGCUGCUGUGGCCUCCCUGCUGGCAGCCCUGUGCUACGCGGAGCUCGGGGCACAAGUGCCCUACACAGGCUUUGCCUACCUGUUCACUUACACGUCUGUGGGUGAGAUGUGGGCCUUCCUCGUUGGCUGGAACGUGCUCCUCCAGUGUCUCUUUGUUUGCACUGCUCUCGUCCGUGCCUGUAGUGGCUACCUAGACACCGUUUUUGGACACCGCAUCCGCAGCUUCACUGAGGCCCAUGUGGGCAUCUGGCAGGUGCCCUUCCUGGCCCAGUACCCAGACUUCCUGGCUGCUGGCCUCAUGCUUUUGGCUUCUGCAUUUAGCUUCUGUGUAACCCGUGUCUCUUCCUGGGUCAACCGCACAUUCCUUGUCAUCAGCGUGGUCGUCAUCCUCUUCAUCAUUGUCCUGGGGUUUGUCCUGGCCCGCCCGCACAACUGGAGCAUUGAGGAGGGCGGCUUUGCGCCCUUCGGUUUCUCUGGUGUCAUGGCUGGCGCCGCCACCUGCUUCUACACCUUCCUGGGCUUUGACAAUAUUGUUGCCUAUAGUGCAGAGGCCCAGAACCCAAAGCGAGCUGUGCCUAUGGCCAUCGCCAUCUCAGUUACCCUGGUAGCUGGUACCUACAUCCUCGUUUCCACUGUCCUCACCCUCCUGGUGCCCUGGCACAGCCUGGACCCUGACUGGGCCCUUGUUGAUGCCUUCCACCAGCGGGGCUAUAGCUGGGCAGCCUUCAUCGUGGCAGCUGGUGCAAUCUGUGGUAAGUGGCCCUUCUGGACAAGGGGGGAGGGAACAAGAUGGUGGGGCUCUGCCCUAAGCCUCCAGGAAACACAUCUCCAUCUGGACCUGUGCUGCCAAUGCAUCCUGGGCCCAGGAAGGGGCUAAUGAUUAGAUU